AUGAAGUAUUCCCUCAUUGCAGGCCUCUCCCUCCUGGGAGCAGCCGUCGCCGCCGAUGUCCCUUCCAUUGAGACCAAGGGCAAGAAGUUCUUCUACUCCAACAACGGAACCGAGUUCUUCAUCCGCGGUGUUGCCUACCAGCCCGACUUCGAGGGCGGUGGCUCUACUACCUCCAAGCGCUCCACCACCGACUACACCGACCCAUUGGCCGACGUCGAAUCUUGCAAGCGUGAUAUCCCCUACUUGGUCAAGCUCCGUACCAACGUCGUGCGUACCUACGCGGUCAACCCCAACUCCUCUCACGAUGAGUGUAUGAGUGCCCUCGCUGAUGCCGGUAUCUACGUCAUCUCCGACCUGUCCUCUCCCAGCGAGUCCAUUGAGCAGAACAACCCGACCUGGAACGCCGAUAUUUUCGAGCGUUACGCUUCCGUCAUUGAUGCCUUCGCCAAAUACCCCAACGUCAUCGGUUUCUUCGCCGGUAACGAGGUCUCCAACAAGAUUUCCAACACUGACGCCAUGGCUUUCGUCAAGGCGGCCGUCCGUGACACCAAGGCCUACAUCAAGCAGAAGAACUACCGUAGCUCCCUCGCUAUUGGUUACGCCACUGACGACGAUGCUACCGUUCGGGAGGACAUCUCCAACUACCUGGUCUGUGACAGCCCCGCUGACUCUAUCGACUUCUUCGGUUACAACAUCUACGAGUGGUGUGGUGAUGCUACCUACCAGUCCUCUGGUUACGCUGCCCGUACGGAGGAGUAUGCUGACUACCCUGUCCCUGCUUUCUUCUCCGAGUACGGUUGCAACACCCCCCGCCCUCGUGAGUUCACCGAUGUUCCCGUCCUGUUCGGUCCCAAGAUGAACAAUGUCUGGAGCGGUGGUAUCGUCUACAUGUACUUCGAGACUGGCAACAAGUACGGUCUCGUCUCCACCGAUGGCAACCAGGUCAGCACUCUCAAGGACUUCGAGAACCUGUCUUCCCAGAUGGCCAAGGUUACCGCCACUGGCGUCAACUCGAAGGACUACACUCCCACUGCUGCUCCUACCCGCAAGUGCCCUGCUGUUGGCAAGGACUGGAAUGCUGCCAGCGUCCUGCCUCCCGCUGUUGACGCCAACCUGUGCGCUUGCAUGUACGACACCCUCACCUGUGUCCCCAAGGACGGUCUCUCCGACAAGAAGAUCGGCAGCACCUUCGGUUACCUCGGUGGCUCUGACGGUGUGAUGGAUGGUGUUGCGGCCAAUGCCACCACUGGCAAGUACGGUGCCUACUCUGGCUGUUCCGCCAACCAGCGUCUGGCCUGGGCCAUGGACCAAUACUACUCCAAGCACGGUUCUAAGGCCUCCGCUUGUGACUUCAACGGGGUUGCCACUACCAAGUCAGCCACCUCCGCCACUGGCUCUUGCGCUGACCAGAUGAAGGCCGCUGGUACCGCCGGUACCGGUGUUGUCACUGGUAGCCUCGCUGCCAACACUGGUGGCUCUGACUCCGGCUCCGGCUCCGGCUCCGGCUCCUCAUCCUCUAGCGGCAGCGGUGCCUUCCACCACUCUCCUCAGGCCGUCCAGAUUGGUGCUUGGCAGACCGGUGCUUACGCCAUGGUCGCCAUCGCCACUGGUGUCUUCAUGAUCAUGCUGUAA